CAUCAAUUACAUUAAUAAAUGGAGGUACAUGCUUCAUAAUUGGACAAGCCCACCGGCAGGUAGGAAUCUUUGCCAACAUGGCGAUCGAAACUUGGCAGUCGCAGCAUGAAGAUUAUCACGAGGCGGAGGAAGAAGAAUUGUACCGCCGUCUCUCAACCCUGGAGGUCAGCUCAAGAAGCGGACUCAAAGAAGAUCUACGAACAACACCUUUGACAACAUUGAGCAUCAAGAAUAUCGUCGAGAAGAAGUAUGGAAAUAGCGUUGGUGGAACGCGCAUGUUUGACCAGUAUGCUGUCCUCGGUUUCCAUAAUGGCGGUCACUCCGCGAUCAGACCAAACGAGCCGAUUCUCAUGAACGUCAACGCGCCCAACUCAGCAUUCAUCUGCGGAUCGCAAGGCAGCGGCAAAAGCUAUACCCUCAGCUGUAUGCUGGAGAACUGCUUGGUUGCUGAUGAGCGCAUUGGUCGUGUCCGAAGUCCCUUGGCAGGACUGGCCUUCCACUUUGACCCUGAUGCGGCUGGCGGUGUUGCAGAAACGGCCUACCUGUGCUCCAUGGGCAUUCCUGUAAACGUGCUUGUUUCGCAAAGCAAUGAGAAUGCUCUACGCGCGGCUUAUAGCAAGAUUCCGGGCGCGGAUAAGAGUCUUACCGUCACGCCACUCCUUCUACGUGCUGCGGAUCUCAGCAUCGAGCGCAUGCACCGGUUGAUGGCAUUCUCGGACAAGGAAAGUGCCAUGCCAUUGUACAUGUCGGUCGUUUUACGAGUCCUGCGACAAAUGGCAAUUUCUACAGGCGGGGGUGGCUUUGACUACGUCGCAUUUCGAAAAAUCCUUGACAAGGAGGUACUCACAAAAGAUCAGCUGGGUCCGUUGAAUCUACGGUUGGAACUGCUUGAGAGCUAUCUAGAUCUCUCGCCGUCAAGUAGCAAGGCUACUUCUGAAAGCUUGCUGAACAUCAAAGCUGGGAGUUUGACGAUCGUCGACCUCACUGAUCCUUUCGUGGAUCCAGCAACGGCAUGUAUAUUGUUCGACAUUUGUCUCAGCCUCGUGAAAGAACACAGAUCCUCUGGUGGUCUGGUAGUAGCGCUUGACGAAGCACAUCGAUAUAUGACAGCAUCCCUGGCAUCGUCAAGUUUUACAGAUAGAUUGCUCGGCACAAUCAGAGAACAGCGGCACAACGCAACGCGCGUUAUCAUCGCUACUCAGGAACCAACGAUUUCAGAAAAGCUGCUAGAUCUAUGUUCGGUGUCUAUUAUCCACCGGUUCACCUCUCCAGCUUGGUUCUCUGCACUACAACAUCAUUUGGGCGCAGCUUCUAGGGUCGGCAUGAGCGAUCUGAACAAUCAUGACAUCUUUCAACACAUCAUGGACUUGUCCGUGGGCGAAAGCCUGGUCUUUGCGCCCUCAGCGUUUUUGCGCCUUGAGUCGGAUGGCACGCCCACUAAGCUUGGGCGCAUGGCAAUCGAUAUGAAGACACGUACCCGGCUCGGGAAUGAUGGUGGCAUGAGCGUCCUGACAUCAACGCCCAUAAACCCUCCCUUGAGAGCGUACCACAACGAGCAGGCGGCCCGGACUGAAACGACGGAACCUGUUGACAAAACAACAGCCAAGAAAUCAAAGAGGAAAGCAAAGCUCGAGAGAAGGCUCGCUGAGACUCGUUCGGAGCAAUCGGACGAUCUCAUUUCAUUUAACACUUAUCCCGAAGAACAGCCAAGCUCGGCCUCAUCGCACACGGCGUCAAAUCGGUAUGGUAGCCAUCAGCCCCACAGCGACGCAGUGUCGGAUCGAGAUGGCGCAUUGCCACCACAUCUCAAAGCGAAGAAAAAUCUUGAUCUGUUAUCAUCUCAACCCACAUCGAAACAGCAAGCCGGACUGACUCCAUCGAAGGAGCCACCCGUGGCAAAAGAUCAGAGCAAUGGACAGACUACCCCUGCCGCUGUCAAGGAUCAGCCCAGCAAAAAGGACUCGACAGCUCAACCCAAGUCUGUGUCGACCAUUUCACAUGGCAAUGGUCUCACAGCCUCCACACCAACCGAAACAAACGCUCAGCGAGUAACAAGAUCGCAGUCUGAAGCAAACGCGCCCGAAUCUACAUCGAAAGCUGUUUCUGCCUCCUUGAAACUAAAGGGUAGUCAAGUAAGCCCCCCCACCAAACCCAAAAGCAAGUUGAAAGAUGUCAUCACUCCCCAGGCCGCCAAUAUCUUAACGAAGACGAGCCUCGAUCUGGAUGAAAAUCUCAGUCACAUGGUCUUGAUUUGCUUCGUUUGCAAACAAAUCGUCCUCGUCGAAUUUCCAACCCAGGAAAUUCCCACCUUGACCACGGUCACGCAAAAGGAGACCAAAUUCGGCCUCGGCUACACCACCUGCGCGACAUGUACCAAAUUGCACUGCGGCAGCACAGAAGGCGAUAUUGCCGAGCGAUUCGACUCAGAGCAGUAUACCAAAAUGAUGAACGGCGGCGUCGAAUCCACUCUCCGCAAGCGAAUUCAAGUGUCAGCCCAAGGCGUCCUCCCGCUACGCCCGAAUCUCUUCAUCGAUCACUCCGGCCCGCUAUAUCUGCGCACCGGGGCGAUCCGGGCUAGCGUUGAUGAGUUCUGUCGGGCCUGGAGCUUGACGCUCGUCAGGACUGACAAGGGGAAGGGUCACCUACGGACGAAGCCGCAUGUUGACGGAACGUUCCUUCAGAUCUCGUCGUCUUCGCCCGGGACCGCGUCUGCUUCCAAGGCUGCCACCAAGCCCGUUGCUGCCAUCAAGUCGCCCGUUGCUCCCACCAAGCCUACACCUCCGACAAAGCCUACACCUCCCACUAAGCCUGCAGCUCCUACAAAACCUGCCCCUCCCACUAAGCCUGCUGCUCCCUCCAAGCCUGGACCCAAAGCUGCGAAAGAUGUCCCGAACGAGCCCACGACAGCCAAGCCACAGCCCACCACAGCAGCGACCGUGCCAGUGGAGAUGUGGUAGACGGCAAGAUUAAUGCGACAAUGAUGCUCCUGUGAUUUAAGUCAUGCUUUUGGUUUUCUUGUGCUUCGAGAUAUAUAUAAAUGAUGGACAGAGAUAGAGAGAGAGAUGAUGUUUCGAUGAUAAUGAGAAAGGCUAGAUAUCCCAAAUUCGGAGUCCGUUUUUCCUCCGUAAAUCCAAGAUUCCCGAAACAUCAGCACAUCCUUGCUCGGUCGAAGUUGACUAUGAAUACGGGACAACAUUUCCUCUCCAUAGCUAGUCACAGAUUCUGUGUCCUUCGUGUACAGGCCUUUGUCACACCGGACGAG